AUGGCCACGUCUGAACCGACAGCCACUGGCGGGGACCAGGACCCCAACUCUGCCAAUUUACGACCUUCAUCUACAAACUAUGACGCGUGGAUGCAAGGCUGCACGCGGAAACUGGGUUUGAAGAUCUGUGGGUUCCUGCAGAAGAACAACAGUCUUGGGGAGGAAGGCCGGCUCGCAGGCUCACUCUCAGAACGCCAGAAGAACCUGUACUCCUGUGACAACAGCGACCGGGAUGCCCGUUUCCGCCGCACUGAGACCGAUUUUUCCAACAUGUUCGCGAGAGACUUACUUCCCGCCAAAAACGGAGAAGAGGCGACUAUGCAGUUCUUGUUGGAACUUGUGGGCAUCCUCACCAACUACGUCAGGAAGACGUUUGACCGUUCCACCAAGGUUCUGGACUUCCACCACCCUCACCAGCUGCUCGAGGGCAUGGAGGGAUUCAACCUCGAGCUCUCUGACCAGCCAGAGUCCCUCGAGCAGAUCCUCGUGGACUGCAGGGACACGCUCAAGUACGGCGUGCGAACAGGUCAUCCACGGUUCUUCAACCAGCUGUCCACGGGGCUGGACAUCAUUGGGCUGGCUGGGGAGUGGCUCACCUCCACAGCCAACACCAACAUGUUCACCUAUGAGAUUGCUCCAGUGUUUGUCCUGAUGGAGCAGCUGACGUUGAAGAAGAUGAGAGAGAUGAUUGGCUGGCCCUCGGGAGAGGGGGACGGCAUAUUCUCACCAGGGGGCGCCAUCUCUAACAUGUACAGUGUGAUGAUUGCUCGCUACAAGUACUUCCCAGAGGUCAAGACCAAGGGCAUGUCUGCCGCUCCCCGCCUGGUGCUCUUCACAUCAGAACAUAGCCACUACUCUAUCAAGAAGGCCGGGGCAGCUCUGGGCUUUGGCUCUGAGAAUGUGGUCCUGCUGAGCACAGAUGAGAGGGGGAGAGUUAUUCCUGCUGAUCUAGAAGCUAAGAUCCUCGAUGUCAAGCAGAAGGGUUACCAUCCUCUGUUUGUGAAUGCUACAGCUGGUUCUACAGUCUACGGAGCAUUUGACCCCAUCAAUGAGAUCGCUGACAUCUGUGAAAAAUACGACAUGUGGCUGCACGUAGACGGUGCAUGGGGAGGUGGUCUUCUGAUGUCCAGGAAGCAUCGCCAUAAGUUCAGCGGAGUAGAGAGGGCUAACUCUGUCACGUGGAAUCCUCACAAGAUGAUGGGAGUGCCUCUACAGUGCUCCGCCAUCCUAGUCAGAGAAAAGGGUAUUCUGGCAGGCUGUAACUCGAUGUGUGCUGGGUACCUGUUCCAGCCCGAUAAACAGUAUGAUGUCAGCUAUGACACGGGAGACAAGGCCAUCCAGUGUGGCCGACACGUUGACAUCUUCAAGUUCUGGCUCAUGUGGAAGGCCAAGGGCACUAUAGGGUUUGAGCAGCACAUUGACAAGUGUCUGGACCUGUCUCAGUACCUCUACGACAAGAUCAGAAACAGACAGGGAUACGAGAUGGUGUUCCAGGGAGUGCCCCAGCACACCAACGUGUGUUUCUGGUACAUCCCACCCAGUCUGAGAGGCUUGGAACACAACAGUGAGGAGUAUCGAGAAAAACUUCACAAGGUAGCGCCCAAGAUCAAGGCAAUGAUGAUGGAGUCAGGGACGACCAUGGUGGGCUACCAGCCUCAGGGCCAGAAGGUCAAUUUCUUCCGCAUGGUCGUCUCCAACCCCGCAGCCCUCCAGUCAGACAUCGACUUCCUCAUUGACGAAAUCGAGAGGCUGGGGCAUGACCUGUAA